ACCUAUACGGUUAUAUUCAACUUCCAAGUUCGAUUACCUGAAGACAUUGAUAUUUUACAAUGCCGCCGAAAGUUAGUGGGAAAGCUGUAAAGAAAGCUGGUAAAGCUCAGAAGAAUAUCAGUAAAGCUGACAAGAAAAAAAAGAGGAGGAGGAAGGAAAGUUACGCUAUUUACAUUUAUAAAGUACUCAAACAAGUCCAUCCUGAUACUGGGAUAUCUAGUAAAGCAAUGAGCAUUAUGAACAGUUUUGUUAAUGAUGUUUUCGAACGCAUUGCUGCAGAAGCAUCAAGAUUGGCACAUUACAAUAAACGUUCUACCAUUACUUCUCGCGAAAUUCAAACUGCUGUAAGACUACUGCUACCUGGUGAAUUAGCAAAACACGCUGUCAGUGAAGGCACCAAAGCAGUCACGAAAUAUACCAGCUCAAAAUAAGCAAUAUUAAUUAUUGCUUGAAGAAACGGUCCUUUUAAGGACCAACAAAUU